ACUGCGUCAUCAUGACGUCGCUCCAUUGGGACCUACCUCACACAAUGAGAUGUCAAACACACGGAAAACUGGCCUGCAGCAGCACACUGGACGGAGCACAGACUUCCAGCAGGGGCGAAAGACUUUGAAGCCACAGGAUCUUGGAUCCAAAUCUUACCCCUCAUCAAAGGCUAGUGAUAUUUUCAUUGUCACUUGAUCUGCAUAAUAUAUUCCGGCCAUCAGCAUCACUUGUGAGCCAGAUCAACACUGAACAAGGAGACCAUGACCAGCAACUACAAUGUCACUCUCAUAGGUCCUGCCCCCUGGGGCUUCAGGCUGCAGGGAGGAAAAGACUUCAACAUGCCCCUCACCAUCUCGAGGCUGACGGAUGGUGGAAAGGCAGCGAAAGGUGGUAUUGCUGUUGGAGACAUGGUUCUUUCCAUUGAUGGCAUCUCCACGGACGGCAUGAACCACCUGGAGGCCCAGAACAAAAUCAAGAACUGCACUGGCAACCUCAGCCUCACUCUGCAGAAGGCCCCCAGUGUUUCUAAACCUCCUCCUGUUGCACCAAAGGGCAACAGAUCAGACAUCAUAAAACCGGUAGCCAUUGCCCAUCCUCCUCUUCCACCCCAUCCUCACGAUCAUUCAUCCAGCCACUCUGCUGUGUCCAACAACAAGGCCCCCAGACCUUAUGGGGACUGCAAAUCAGAGAGUGAACACCCUCCUUUACAGUCCCCUUUUGCCACUUCCAUCCCCUCUCCGUCCUCUGCCUUUACACCUGCAUCCUUCCAUACUAGUCCUCGUCCUCCUUCUCUUUCUCCACCUCCUGUCUCUUAUCCAUCCUCUGCCUCCUCCUCCCCCCCUGUCCUCGUCCCGCCUCAGCCUUCGGUGUAUAACACACCAAUCAACCUGUACUCCACUGAGAAUGCGUGUGAGGUGGCCAUGGGGCAGAGGCGGGGCCUGUUGGAGAGUCAGGGUGGAGCCUUACCACUGCAGUUUAAUGGUGGACCUCAAAGUAUUUUAAAAAAACCCCCGCCACCAAGAGUGCCUAGGAAACAUGUUGUGGAUACAGACAUCCAUUUUUACCAUGUUCCCAGUCACGCUGAUGCCAGCAGAAAGCGCAUAAUGGAGGACACCGAGGACUGGCGCCCACGUACUGGCACCACCCAGUCCAGAUCUUUCAGGAUUCUGGCUCAGAUCACUGGCACUGAGAAUGUUCAAAAUGAAGAAGCUGACACAGCCAAGAAGACAAAUGAGGAAUAUGUGGAACCCGAACUCAACAGCCAUGAGUCUGCAGUUGUUAAGACUAUGAUCAAAGGACCUGCGACAGCCUAUGGUCCACAGACUGGUUUGAUUACCCCAUCUUUUGGUAUGAAGGGUAACGGCAGUGCCAGUGUCCCAAGGGGUCCUGCUCCGGCCCGACCUGUUCCUCAGCCCCACCCUAAAGAUGAGGACACCCUGGUACAGAUGGCAGAACAUAUUCCUGCUGGCACUCGUACGCCAAUGUGUGCCCACUGCAACAUGGUCAUCAGAGGACCUUUUUUGGUAGCAAUGGGGAAAUCGUGGCAUAAGGAAGAAUUUAACUGUGCACACUGCCGAACAUCCCUGGCAGAUAUAGGCUUUGUUGAAGAACGGGGAUCCGUCUACUGUGAACACUGCUAUGAAGACUUCUUUGCUCCAACAUGCAGCCGCUGCCAGUCUAAGAUACUAGGGGAGGUGAUAAAUGCCCUCAAGCAGACUUGGCAUGUCUACUGCUUUCUGUGUGCUUACUGUCAGCAACCAAUCAGAAACAACACUUUCCACCUGGAGGAUGGAGAACCAUACUGUGAACCGGACUUUUACAGCUUGUUUGGGACUGGCUGUCAUGGCUGUGAGUUUCCCAUCGAGGCUGGAGACAAAUUCCUGGAAGCCCUUGGUUACACCUGGCAUGAUACCUGCUUUGUAUGUGCUGUGUGCUGUACCACACUGGAAGGCCAGACCUUCUUCUCCAAAAAGGACAAACCUCUUUGCAAGAAGCAUGCUCACACACUGAAGAUAUGAAGCCUAAACUAUUCACUUGGCCACAUGUUGUCUCACAGAGGGUUGGGGACACCUUUUAUGAUGACAGUAGUAGUCAUUAUUGUAGUGGUGCUAUCUCUUAGCACAAAAAGCAAUAAAGCUUAAGGAUCUUAGUUUUGACAACAUUUCAAUCAAUUAUAACUGAUCUUUGUAAACUAAAUGUUAUGUUGUCAAUCAUCCCCAAACAGCAAGGUUUUACUACCAACUGAUACAUUUUAUGUACCAUAAUGCCAUUUUUAUUUCCUCACACAUAGGACUGUUACUUUAUCAUUUACUUUGUUCUUCUGAAUUUUGUCUUGAGUGGUGAGAUCAUCUCACUCUCUGUUUUUAUUAUUAAGCUUGCAGAGUGCUCAUUAUCUUUAGACACCACCAGAAAUGUUUGAUAAUUUUAAGUAUUCAAGGAUGCUGGCAAGUUUUUAUUGUUAGUUAUGAUAUUUGUUAGUGUUUGUGUAGUUGUAAUCAAUUUUAUUAAUCUGGCUAAAACCUAUAAAGACUUAAAGAUAAAACUGUAGAACGUCCUGUGUUACACUUUGUUUUAUUUUGUUUUUUGCAUUACAGUUUCACAAGCAACUAUAAAAAAAUUCCCAGUAUAUGCAUUAAAAUACUGCAGGAUAUGCUUGUGUUAUUUGCUUUAUACAAUUCAUCUGUGAAUGUCCGAGUUGUAAUUAAAGCUGCUGCCUUUGAUUUAA